GCAGUGUCGGGCGAGCCGACUGGAAGAACACAGCAGAAUAUGGCGCUGUGGUGGAUAUGGUCGGUGUUGGCGAUAGUGGCAGCGGCUGUAGCAGCGGCGGGUGCAGACGCUUUGGAAAGCGAAUACAUUUGCGACAGCCCAAUUUACUGCCAUGGCAGCCUCCUCCAUGAGAUACAAAUAUCAAGUUUAAGGGAAGACUCGAAGACAUUUGUAGACAUGAAAUUGAAAAUAUCUGUCAAUGAAACACUGAGAAACUUUGAGACCCUGAUGGCAAGGUUGGAGAAUAAUCCGACGUCUUCCGAACUUCAAAGCUUCGUCGACGAUCAUUUUGAACUUGGAGAGGAAUUGGAAGGAGUGGAGUUGCCGGACUGGGUGGAGGCACCCCCUCUCCUCACCAGAAUUUCCGAUCCCCAUCUUCGAAACUGGUCGUUCUGGCUGAAUGCCAGAUGGAAAUCUUUGGCUCGAAGAGUCCCCGAGAGCGUGAAGCUGCAAGGAGACAGAACGUCCCUUCUGUACCUUCCCAACGCUUUCAUCGUGCCAGGAGGCCGCUUCAAGGAGAUGUACUACUGGGACACGCACUGGAUCGUUCGUGGGCUGCUGUUGUGUGCGAUGAAUGAAACUGUCCGAGGGAUUUUGGAAAACUUUUUCUACAUCCUGCGGACGUACGGCAUUAUUCCUAACGGCACACGAGUCUAUUAUCAGAGACGGUCGAACCCGCCCUUGCUGACUUCGAUGGUGCACGAUUACAUCCGUGUGACAAGGGACUUGGCGUUCCUUCAGGAGAACGUAGAGUGGUUGGAGCGAGAGUUUGAAUUUUGGAUGAAGAACAGGACCGUUGCAGUUGUGAAGGACGGCGUGAACUAUACGCUGGUGCGAGAGGAUUAUGACAUAGGAAGCAAAUUUCCAGCAGACAAGGAAGAGGAAUUUUAUUAUAACAUCAAAGCUGCCUGCGAAUCUGGCUGGGAUUUUUCAAGCAAUUUAUCAAAUAUUAGUGUUCAAAAUAUUGUCCCAGUGGAUUUAAAUGCUUAUGUAUAUAGAAAUGCUGUGUUACUGAGCGACUUUCACAAGCAGUUAGGCAAUAGAGAGAAAGCCGAUCGUUAUGCUACUAUCGCAAAUGAGUGGAAAGCAACUGUGACUGCUCUGUUAUGGAAUAAUGAAGAAGGAUCGUGGUUUGAUUACGAUAUUCUGAACAAUAAACAACGAACUUUCUUCUACGCUUCUAAUCUUGCACCUCUUUGGACAAAAUGCUACGACGAACAAAAGUCUCCAGAGAUUGCUGAAAAAGUGGUUCGGUACCUGGAGCGUCGAGUUUUAAGCCAUUCCAUGGCCGGCAUUCCGCAGUCUCUACAAUAUUCCGGCGAACAAUGGGACUUCCCCAACGCCUUCGCGCCUUCUCAGCACAUCAUCAUCGAGGGCCUGGACUUGACCGGGCACCCCAGGGCUCAGAAGCUGGCCUUCGACCUCGCCAGCACUUGGGUGGCGUCGAACUUCUUGACGUAUCAAGAGGAACGGCACAUGUACGAAAAGUAUGAUGCCAGGUGCUUUGCAAGACCAGGUUCUGGAGGCGAGUACACAGUUCAAGAGGGCUUCGGCUGGACGAAUGGUGUUAUCAUCCAAUUGUUACAAACGUACGGAGACAAUUUAACAGCUACAGUUUCU